AUGUUGCGUUUUCGUCUCCUCCCUGCCAUGGCGGGCAUAGCUGCCUCUUCCAGGUGCCAUUUUGGCACAGCUCGUUAUCCCCAAAGCCGGCGCAGGCUUCUGAUGGUAGCUUUUGCAGGAACAACAGCUAUAACAACAAGUACUGGACUUCUUUGGAAAAGAGCCCACGCAGAAGCAUCAUCGCCUGCGGCUGAGAAGAUGAGAAAUAGAGAAGUAGUGAAUGAAGGGAGCGAUGAUAGGAAAAUCAUAGAGUCAAGUAAUGUUUCUCAGGCAGAAGGGAAGAAGAAGAAGCAGCGUUCUGGAUUUCGGGACCGUAAGGUGAUGGAGUAUGAAAACAGAAUCCGAGCUUAUUCCACUCCAGAUAAAAUCUUUCGAUACUUCGCCACAUUGAAAAUAAUCAAUGAGCAUGGCGAGUCAGAAGUAUUUAUGACCCCACAAGAUUUUGUGCGAUCUAUAACACCAAAUGAAAAACAACCAGAAAACUUAGGCCUUGAUCAAUUUAUUGUGAAACGCUAUGACGGGAAGAGAAUCUCCCAGGAACGCGAGAAGUUUGCAGAUGAAGACAGCAUCUUUUAUGCACUUGGAGAGUGUGGCUUGAUUUCCUUUUCUGACUAUAUCUUUCUCACUACAGUCCUGUCGACUCCUCAGAGAAACUUUGAAAUUGCUUUCAAGAUGUUUGAUCUAAAUGGUGAUGGAGAAGUGGAUAUGGAAGAGUUUGAACAGGUUCAGAGCAUCAUUCGAUCCCAGACUAGCAUGGGUAUGCGUCACAGAGACCGUUCAACUACUGGGAAUACCUUGAAGACUGGCUUCAAUUCAGCAUUGACAACAUACUUUUUCGGCGCUGAUUUGAAGGGGAAACUGACCAUCUCCCACUUCUUGGAGUUCCAGCGCAAACUUCAGCAUGAUAUUCUCAAACUUGAGUUCGAAAGGCAUGACCCUGUGAAUGGUCGAAUCACAGAACGUCAGUUUGGCAGCAUGCUGCUGGCUUAUAGUGGAGUGCAAUCCAAAAAAUUGACUCUGAUGCUGAAGCAACUCAAGAAGCAUUUCCAGGAUGGAGAGGGACUAACAUUUGAAGAAGUAGAGAACUUUUUUACUUUCCUGAAAAACAUUAAUGAUGUUGAUACAGCUUUAAGUUUCUAUCACAUGGCUGGAGCAUCUCUUGAUAAAGAUACGAUGCAGCAAGUAGCCAAGACGGUGGCAAAGGUGGAGCUGUCAGACCAUGUAUGUGAUGUAGUGUUUGCUCUUUUUGACUGUGAUGGAAAUGGAGAGCUGAGUAACAAGGAGUUUGUUGCCAUCAUGAAGCAGAGGCUUAUGAGGGGGUUGGAGAAACCCAAAGACAUGGGCUUUACACGGCUCAUGAGAGCCAUGUGGAAGUGCGCCCAGGAGACCGCGUGGGAUUUUGCCAUGCCCAAGCAAUAACCACCAGAAGAAAAGAAGGCCUGGCUGCAGCACAUACCUGGGCAAGAAUCUUGAAUUCUCCUGUCCUUCCUCUGCAUCAUGGUAGAUGCUCCCUGGUGGAAGGCCUCCUUCAGUGGAAUGACUGUUCUUCCUUGCUGCACUGACAGACAGACCUUGGAAGGCAAAGACUGUUUAGCUGCACAGUUUACUUCAAAAUAUCUAAGCAGAAAUUUGAGUCCACUCUGACAUUUACCUUGACUCACCUACAGCAUUUGUCUGUUUUCCUUUAGGUUUUCCUUUUUUUGUCUCUGGAAGAAAACUAAACAAAACCUCUUGUUAAUUAGGUUUGAAUAUUCCAGCCUCUUCCUGCAUCUCCAGUAGAAAACGGCUGAGCAGGGAUACUUCAAUGGACAGUAUAUCAGUAGCAUACUGAAUAGAAGGGAUUUCUUGGAUCAAAAAAGCUCAUUAGACUGAGUCAGCAUUUCCUCUUAUCCAGCACCCAAAAUCAAUCUGAAGCUUUUGAAAUAUAGGGUGGGGUGGAGGGUUGUGAUAAAUGAAUCCUGACAUUCAUAAAUCAUUGCAAAAUGUCCAGAUGUAUACUCUUUUCUCAGAUGUCUGUGAGUUUCAAGACAGAAGGCAAGUGGGGAUGUUAAUACGAAGGAAUUUCUGCAACAGGUCUCACUCUGCACGAAUAUCUGCUUUCCCUCAAGCUUUGCAUUGUGUAUUAUGGGUAAAACUGAAGAAUAUUGAGGAAGAGAAUGUUUGUUGUUAAUGUUCCUUUCUUUAAAAAAAAACAGGUUAAACAUAAUGUUCUUCCAAUUUCUCAUUCCAUAAGACUCUUGCUUUAGAUGUAGACUCUUGCCAUUGUGUGCAUUUCUGAUUGUAAUUUUUCCCUAGCUUGUUAACUUACCACAAUUUAUUCUUAAAGCUGCUCUUUACAGAGCUUUGAGUGCUUGUAAAAUAUUAUUCCAAUUACAACAGAUCCCAACCAUUCCCUAGGGGAAAAAUGUU